GUGAUUGCCCUUGUGAUGGAUUCCUUUACAGAUAUUGAUAUCUUUGGUGACCUUCAGGAUGCCUAUAACAACCGCAAAGUCCCUGUCUAUAUCCUUCUUGACCAGGACUUUCUACCCCAUUUUUUGGAAAUGUGCAAGAAUUUGGGAGUGUGCCCUGAGCAAGAAAGUCUGAUGAGAGUUCGAACUCUCACUGGUAACACAUACUACAUGAGGUCGGGUGCCAAAAUUGUUGGGAAAGUCCAUGAGAAGUUCAUGUUAAUUGAUGGCAUUAGAGUGACAACGGGCUCCUACAGUUUCACGUGGUCUGAUGGGAAGCUGAACAGCAGUAACUUGCUGCUAUUGUCAGGUCAAGUGGUUGAACAUUUUGACCUCCAGUUCAGGAUUCUUUAUGCCCAGUCAAUGCCCAUCAGCCCUAAAUGCCCAUCCAGCUGCAGGAACAGUGGAAUAUUUGAUCACCUGGUGAACAGGCUAGAGUCCCCUAAAGAAUAUACUGUGGAAGGCAACUUGAGAGCAGAAUUUGCCAGAUUGUCUAGUACUCCAAAGAAAUUCUUGAAAGAACUAGAUCAGGCUGAAGAUACUCCUGGAAGCAAACCUUGUGACCUGGGACAUUCUUGCCUCUGUGAAGAGGAGUGGUUCAGCAAUCAAGAGGCCAUAGUGGAACGGAAAAGCGCAUCAACUCAAACUGGCCCAUGGGAGGAGAAGCCCGUAGUGACCAUGUGUAAUGCUGCCACGCAGACUAAUGCUGUAAUGGUAGAAACUGGCACUCAGACUUCUGUCGCUGCUAGAGUGACGGGCACUCAGACUUCAGUUUUGCUGAAGACGGCAGUGACACAGACAAAGGAAGAUGAGUGCACAGAAACACCUCUGCUUCACAGAAAGUUGUUAAAAGAAGGAUCUUCUCUGUCUGGAAAGGCUGUAUCAAGUUCCAGUCUGCGAUCGCUGUCAUCAUCUCAGUGUUCUCUUGCAAGCUCUACCAGCUCACUGUCUUCUCUCCGGUCCUUUGAAUACUCUAGCAGUCACAGGGCAGAGUAUUUCCAAAAAUUGCAUAAAGAGAGGCAAUUCCACUACUCCACUAUCAGGUCAAAGCUUAGCCACGUGGUGGAUAUCCUAUCCCGGAGGCGACGUGUGCCUGAAAACUACAUGACCCAAUACACCAGCAGAUGCAACCUAAAACAGAGGCGUGACAUCAGUGCCAGCCUGCGCAGCCUCCGGGACGUUUCACUCUUUUCUUUGAAUAAAUGA